AUGUCUGACAAGCAGUACACGGCGGCGCUGGAUCUGUUGCGCAGAUUGGACCCUGACCAGACGCGUGCCAAUGUCGCGAAUCUGAUCAGUUUAGAACCAGAACUAGCGGAAGAUCUCCUUGCUGCAGUGGACACACCACUCACAGUGCAGAAGGAUCCACACGCCUCGCACAGAGAGUUCCUAUGUUGCGAUUACAACAGGGAUAUCGACUCGUAUAGGUCCCCCUGGUCAAACGAGUACGUCCCUGAACUGACCGAGGAGGACGCCCAGGAGUCUCCGUUCCCCUCGGACCCACUAAGACAACUGGAAGUGCUGUGUAACGACUCGUUCGACGUCUACAGAGAUUUGUACUACGAGGGCGGGAUCUCUAGUGUGUACCUCUGGGAUUUGGAGGACUCCACAGACGGGGACUUCGCAGGCGUCGUCCUGUUCAAGAAGACCAACGUCGGUGGUGAAUGGGACAGUAUUCACGUCGUGGAGGUUACCGCUGCAGAUGAGUCCCGUGCGGUGUACAACUACAAAGUCACCACAACGGUCAUCUUACAACUGCGUUCCGAGAAACAGAACGGGCUUGCGCUUUCAGGGAACCUGACAAGACAAUUGGAGAGAGACGCACCAGUGGCACACGCAGCGGGGGACUCCAUUGACGCAGUGCACGUCUCGCAUGUAGCUAACUUGGGGCAACUCGUCGAGGAUGUGGAGUCCCAGACGAGAAACUUGCUCGACACAGUAUACUUCGAGAAGACAAAGGAUGUGCUGCAACAGGUCAGACUCGCCAACGCGCACACGGCAGAAACUCAGUUGAACAAGAAACAACACCAGGAUGUCAUCCGUGGUCUGCAAAACCUAUGA